AUGUGUAUCACUCAUUCUAGUGGCUUAAACAACAAUUUAAAACUCCAAGUGCCUGUAUGGCUUGGUGCCGAUGUACUAAUAGGACCUAACUCGGAUAAAUCUCCAACAAUUAAUGCCACAGAAUUCUUUAAACUAUGCAAUGAAAAGUUCCCCUAUUCUACCCUGUUGCUGGGCUGGACUUCAGUACCCCCAGAGGGGAACCCCAACAAAAGGGGAUACAAGUGGGCAGAUGUAAUUGAGAUGCAUGACCUAAUCACUUCACAUGAUCUGCACAACCCUGUUGCAAUUUCCAUCAGAAGCGUGCUUACACAACACUCAGUGCCACAGAUACGCUGGCUCAGCGACACCACAGACUCUUAUCUCUAUGUUUGGGAUGAUAUAAUGGACAGUACCCCAUUGCUGGACAUCCUAUAUAUACGAUAUUUACUUCCUCGUUCAGAUGUAUAUUACCAUGUGUCAGAAAGACAUAAGGAAUAUUUUCCUAAACACAGGGAGAGACCAGGUGGGUACUUGGACAAAGCUACACUGCAGAGAGCUCACAGACGCCUGUAUUCUGAGGAAUGGAAACAGUUUAAUUAUGGAACAAACUCCAGAUUACUGCUGGGUACAGGAUCUGCUGUUAUGUCUGGGGAGAAGGCACUUUUAGUUCGUAAAUUAAAUACUGUGAUAACCUCUACAAGUCCAGCGAGUAUAACUGGAGUGGUUUACUUUGAACCAAGAGGAACUACAAAGACGGGUCCGGAGGAUGGUCUGGAAAUCUUCUUACGCACAAAAAACCCAGAUGAUUUGCAUAAACUUAGAGCAGUUAAAUGCUUCAUAGGAACACAAGGAGCUAUUAGUAUUAAAACACAUAAUAUGGUCAACAUAGACCUCAAAGCUGAAGGGAAAGUCACACCCAGCUAUGUGGGAACCUGCUACAGAUUUGUGAUCCUAGACUCUGGAAAUACCAUUUCUAUCCACGUAAAAGUUCCCCCAGAUUGUAAUAAAAUAUUGAGCAAUGAAGAAUCAGAUAGGACAACAGUUCUUCUUCAGACAUCAAAUAAAGUGUCUGAGGAUGACUAUAAGAUGGUGGUCAGGACUAAUACUCUGAAUGUGUAUGGCAUCGUGGAAGAAUUAAUAAUCCAGUAGUCACACACCAUACAUUUGAAUUGACAUUGGUAUGUGACAGUGCACAAUAGUUGCACUGUAAUGUGAAAUACAAAAAUGAAAUAAUAACAUACUCAUUUUUGAGUGGUAUUUUUUUAUCAAUUUCUUCUUAAAUUUUGACAAUGUAAUAUUGAAGAUUUCCCAGUUUUAGAAGUCUUCUUUUAAUAUUUUGUACCUUUUUAGAAUUUCUAUAUGUUUGUGUAAUAUUUGAAAGAUUUUUUCAAAUAUCUAGUAUCAGAUUGAGAGAGGAAUUCGUUCAAACAAGGCAUUUUACUGAAGUCAAGUACAUAGUGCUUAUGCGAAAAACAUUAAGUAAAGUUAACACAUACAGUUAACCCCCUUAGAUUUUGCAACUUAAAAGUUAACCAAAAAUAGUUUGUGAUUUAUUGAUGUAUUAUAGAAAAAAAUUAUUUGUGUGUGGUUGAAUCCAUUCUUUGUUUUUCUGAUUGACUAACUUUGUGAUACAUUUAUUUUUGUUUUACUUCAUAUAAAUUGUAACUUAAGUUUGAGCCUGCAUUUUAUUCUCAUAUAUUCCCAUUGGCGCAAAUGUCUCUUAUUGAGGUGUAUUGUGUUGCUGUUUUUUUAUACUGCAUUAUAAAGCAAUUUAUUGUUGACAAUUUACCAUUUUACAUUCCUUAAAAACUGUUCAAAACAUCAUACACAAGUACUAUAACUGAGUUCAAAUCCGCAUUUUUAUUAACUUGUUAUUCAGGGUUAAAUAAACUUACACGUUUUCAUAUUCUUCACCAA